GUAAACUAUAUGAAUUCAUUGUUCAAUAAUUUAUGCCCCUGAGAUGCGUGACGAAUUGUCACUUACCAGAAAUUAUGGAUUUUAACGAACUUAGGCUAUUUAUAUUACGUACCUGCAAACCACCUCAUUUACUUAAGCUGACCACCGAAUCUCCACUGAUAAAUCUACCUGUACUAGAUUGCAUGUGGUGUCAAAGUUACUAAACUUCCCCCUCCAAACCCUCUGUAUUCUCUGGUAUGUC